AUGAAUAGGUUCGAGUACGCUGAUUCUCGGCUGCAGCCGAAUGAGACUUAUGUGAGACGUGAUAUGGCCGUACGUCUCUAUGAUGGUGAUACAAAGACAAACUUUGAAGGCGGAGAGCUAAUUCUAACUAGUCAUAGGAUACUUUGGGGCAGACCUGGUGACAUACCUCGAGGCAAUACUUGCUUGUCAUUGCCACUUAGAUACAUCAUUUUUUUCGAGGAAGAAGUUCCUGGGCCCUUCUCCUUUGGGCGCAGUAAAAAGAUCGUAUUACAUCUCUCCGAGCCUGCUAUUGAUAAAAUGCCAGGCCCAACAGAUAGGAAUUUACACAAUUAUGUCAAGCUGUCCUUUAAGGAAGGUCUGGACUCAAAUUUUAUAACACAAUUGUCUGAUACCAUUAUGAGACGGCUAUGGGAAUUUAUUCCUGCAACUGAAUUAAUGUCUAACAUGAAUAUUCAUGACAAUCAGAGGAAUUCAGGAUUGUUACCUCAAAUAAAAACACGAACGGGUAUCAUAGGCAUUGAGAGGAGUCUGCAAGAGAAGCAAAAAGAAACUGACGAAAGUAUAUCAUUGGCAUUUCAAGACCUCACAAAACUAAUGGAUAUGGCUAAAGAUAUGGUGGCCAUCUCAAAGACAAUCUCGGCUAAAAUAAGGGCAAGGCAAGGAGACAUAACAGAGGACGAAACUAUCAGAUUUAAGGCUUACUUAAUGAGCCUAGGUAUCGACGACCCAGUAACGAGAGACGCAUACAAGAGCAGUAACGAGUACUUUAAAGAAUUAGCCAAACAACUCGCAUACAUUUUAGAAGAACCAAUAAAGGAAGUGGGUGGCAUGAUGACACUUACAGACGUUUACUGCCGUGUAAAUAGAGCGAGAGGCUUGGAGCUAUUGUCACCUGAAGAUUUGUUGCACGCCAGCAGACAUCUGGCGUCUCUAGGCUUACCGAUUGUACUAAGAACUUUCGACAGUGGCGUUAUGGUACUUCAAGUUCUUUCUCACGACGACAACGCUGUUGCCGACUGUAUAAUGGAAUUAUUGAAACAGAAGGGAUCGAUGACAGCGGAGGAUCUCGCGCGGUCGGAAGGAAUAUCGGUGAUAUUGGCACGUGAGAGAUUGCUGGUUACAGAGAAACACGGCAAAGCUUGUAGAGAUGACUCGAUAGAGGCGUUAAGAUUUUAUCCCAAUCUAUUCCUGGAGGAAACUCCUAUAUUUAGUGAUUAACUCGAAGCUGCCAUGCAAACACACUGAAUGAUUGUCUUCUUGGUCACAAUCGAGAUAACUUCGGCCAUGAUGUAACACCAAACACAGUCAGGUUUUUGUACACUUCUUAAAUCUUUAUACGUCCGCAACAUGGCUAAUCGGAUGCAAAUAUAAUUAGAGGUUUAAACUUAUGUAAAAUACAAAUACGUAUUUUUAAGCAUAAUUAAUUUAUUCUUCGUAUCUCUA